AUGGCGCCGCCGUCGCGCAGAUCGACUCCCACACCCGACGCCAGCGCUGGCCGCUCCGCGACACCCUCAGCCACGCUGCAGUGCUGCUGUGGCCGCGCCCUAUGCCCAGCCGUGCGAAGAAAUACAACCCUCAUCGAAACCGUCGAAAAAGAUGCGCAUACGGCAGCGCAGCUUGGUCAGGCUCUACUCGCCCGUCACGAGGCCUACAAGGCCGACGCCGAGCGAGAUCGCCUCGAACUCACUACCCGCAUCGCCCGUCUCGAAAUGGAGAACCGUGUCCUGGAAGCAGCCAACGCUGCCAAAAUCCAGGAAAACCGCGCCCUUCUCGACCAGCUCGAGACCCUCAACACUACAGUCUCCGACGCCGACGCUAAAAUCAGACUGCUCGAGACCAAUCUGCUCUCUUCAAAUCAGUCCGUCCGUCGUCUGGAGAGCACCGCCGCCCGUGCUGCUGAUGCGGAACGCCACCUGUCCAUGCUGGAGCACGAACAGGACCGCCUGCACGAGGAGCUUCGUUCUACUAGGGAAGAUGCUCGCUCCCACGCCUUGCGCUUUAAAGAGGCACAGCGCGGCCUGACGGAUAUGCAAGAUCAGCUCGACCGUCUGGAAGUGGAAGCCUCUCAGGAGCGCGAACGCCAUGCCGACAUUGUCACGCGCAUGGAGCGACAGCGUGACGUUGAGAAGCAGCUCGACGCUGCCGCUGGUCGUCUCAAGGGCGCCGCUGCCACUCGUUCUCUACAAAGCGAUGGAAAAAACAACAAGAUUGUCGGCCAUUUCGUUCGCGAUCUUCUCCAGGACAACGCAAAUCUCCAGCUUGGCGUCGCCGAGCUUAGAGAGCUUCUCGAGAAUUCCAACGACGAGAUUCAGACCUUGCGAGAACAGCUCAUGUACCACGAACCCCCUCAAGACGAUCACUUUACGAGCCCUGCCUCCACUCUCAAGGCCGAACUCGAAGGCAAGCUGGACGACCGCCCACAUCACAUUGGCCCGGCUCUCUCCCAAGAACUACACAUCCAUCAUCACUACCACGCCCCCUCCACACCAAAACCUGUCAAGAAGCUCAAGAGGACCAGAACUGGCUUGCUUCCUGUAGGCAUCUGCACGCCCUCUACAUCGCUCUCAGCACCUGGCACGCCGCCGCAAGCUACCUCUGAAUGGGGCGGGCGUCUGCCUUGCUCGCCAACAGCGCCUGCUCUGCUGUCUCACGCUAGCCAUGAGGACUUGACCCCAACUACCUCGAAACCUCCGCCAGUAUGGUCUGCGCUAUCAAAUUUGCAAUCUGAGACGGACUAUUCAUCCUCUGUUCCCAGCUCGCCGCUGGCCAACCACAAAGCCGUGUUUGACUCGGAUCCGCCCACAGCAAUGGCAUCGCCAGUCACAAGUCUAGAUCCUCUGUCUCCGCCCUGGGCAGCGUCGCACGCGAAGCGACCGUCGGUGGCGUCGUCGCAUAGUUUUCAGUCGCUCGCCUGCUUGGAAUCGGAACCCGAUCUCCCCCCUAUGCCACGGGAGACAAUACCCGAGGAAGAUGAGUCGAUAUCCGACCAUGGCUACGGCGGGCCGUCAUCGGACAGCAUCUUUACAGAUGAUAUGGACAUGCGCCCAGGCAGCAUCAUAUCGCCUCGACGCAUGUUGCGUAGGACCGCCUCGCAUGAGUCCAUAAUGUCACUCUCAGGUGGCCUCGACAUCCACACGCUGCAAGCCCGCCCAAGCCAAAUGACCUUGCGUCCUUUCGGUGGCGCCGAUGCUGUGGUCACUGGUAUUGUUGCCCAGCCCACUUUGUCGCGCUCUGCCAACAAGCGAAGUGAUGUCGCCCUGCGCGAUAACUUUGCUGGCCUAAAGACCCCGCGCAAUGUCUCCUCGCCAUCCACGAGCAGCCAGGGCAAACUCCGCGGCUGGACAGCCUGGCGGCCGUGGGGGGGCAGUGGCCCUGCCGAAGCCGACAUGUCGAGCCCUAGCCCGGCAGCCAACCAAGCUACCCCCGACGCACCACCCGUGACACCGCAAAAGCAGGCCAAGGAAAAGGAACGGGAAGUGGACCGAUCGCCAGGCAUCAACCAGCCCGGAUCCAUUCCAGGAUUUCAAGAAUACUGGGCGUCACAAAAGCGAAAGGGUGCACCAGCGCAGGUUACUGCACAGAUCAUUGACCGCGACGCCCUGAACGAUGGUCUUCAAGGCCUAAACUAG